GAAGCCAGGAGCGCCUCAAAGUCCAGCCAGUGGUGAGUGACUCUAACGGAGGAGCAUGGAGCUGGCAACAGUGGGGCCUGGAGCGUCAGGAAAUGGGGUCAGGACUGUGAUAGCUCCACGCUCAGCCCUGGGCUCCAGCGUCACCCUGCACGCCUACGACAUCACGGUCCUGGUUGUCUACUUCGUCUUUGUCAUCUGUGUGGGGGUCUGGUCAUCGAUUCGUGCAAGCCGAGGCACCAUUGGUGGCUAUUUCCUGGCGGGGAGGUCCAUGAGCUGGUGGCCGAUUGGAGCCUCUCUGAUGUCCAGCAAUGUGGGCAGUGGCUUGUUCAUUGGCCUGGCUGGGACAGGAGCUGCUGGAGGCCUCGCUGUGGGCGGCUUCGAAUGGAACGCAACCUGGCUGCUUCUGGCCCUGGGCUGGAUCUUUGUCCCCGUGUACAUCGCCGCUGGCGUGGUCACAAUGCCGCAGUACCUGAAGAAGCGAUUCGGGGGCCAGAGGAUCCAGGUGUACAUGUCUGUCCUGUCUCUUAUCCUCUACAUCUUCACCAAGAUUUCUACUGACAUCUUCUCUGGAGCUCUCUUCAUCCAGAUGGCCUUGGGCUGGGACCUUUACCUCUCCACGGCGAUGCUGCUGGUGGUGACAGCCGUCUACACCAUUGCCGGGGGCCUCACGGCCGUGAUCUACACAGAUGCUCUGCAGACGGUGAUCAUGGUGGGGGGCGCCCUGGUCCUCAUGUUUCUGGGCUUUCAGGAGGUAGGCUGGUACCCAGGCCUGGAGCAACGCUACAGACAGGCCAUACCCAAUGCCACAGUCCCCAAUACCACCUGCCAUCUCCCCCGGUCUGAUGCCUUCCAUAUGCUCCGGGACCCUGUGAGCGGGGACAUUCCUUGGCCAGGCCUCGUUUUCGGGCUCACAGUGCUGGCCACAUGGUGCUGGUGCACGGACCAGGUCAUUGUGCAGAGGUCUCUCUCUGCCAAGAAUCUGUCCCAUGCCAAGGGGGGCUCCGUGCUGGGGGGCUACCUGAAGAUCCUGCCCAUGUUCUUCAUCGUCAUGCCCGGCAUGAUCAGCCGGGCCCUGUACCCAGAUGAGGUGGGCUGUGUAGACCCUGACGUUUGCCAAAGAAUCUGCGGGGCCCGAGUGGGCUGCUCCAACAUCGCCUACCCCAAGCUGGUCAUAGCCCUCAUGCCCGUCGGUCUGCGGGGCCUGAUGAUCGCCGUGAUCCUGGCCGCCCUCAUGAGCUCACUCACCUCCAUCUUCAACAGCAGCGGCACCUUGUUUGCCAUCGACGUGUGGCUGCGCCUCCGAAGGAAGGCUACAGAGCAGGAGCUGAUGGUGGUGGGCAGAGUGUUUGUGGUGUUCCUGGUUGUCAUCAGCAUCCUCUGGAUCCCCAUCAUCCAAAGCUCCAACAGCGGGCAGCUCUUCGACUACAUCCAGUCUGUCACCAGCUACCUGGCCCCGCCUAUCACCGCCCUCUUCCUGCUGGCCAUUUUCUGCAAGAGGGUCACAGAGCCUGGAGCCUUCUGGGGCCUCAUCUUUGGCCUGGUUGUGGGGCUUCUGCGCAUGAUCCUGGAGUUCUCAUACCCCGUGCCAGCCUGUGGGGAGGUGGACCAGAGGCCGGCCGUGCUGAAGGACUUCCACUACCUCUACUUUGCCCUCCUGCUCUGUGGGCUCACUGCUGUUGUCAUCGUCUCCAUCAGCCUCUGUACCACUCCCAUCCCGGAGGAAAAGCUUGCUCGCCUGACGUGGUGGACACGGAACGGUCCCCACCCUGAGCUGGAGAAGGAGGCCCCGGAGGGCACGCCUGGGACAUCAGAGAUGCCAUCUGGGGUGAGCCCUCCAGGAGGUGGAGGGAGAGAGAGCUCCAACCAGGGCCAGGACCAGCAUGGAGGAUAA